UGAUAUCAAUCGACUGCGUAAUUGCACAAUGUUCUUCUUUCGUAAUGAACACUUGACGGUAUUACUUUGCGUUUUGAGCGGAAGCUUGGUUUUUGCAUCUUUGAAUAAUGAUAUAAAGAAAAUCGGAACAUCGUCUACAAAUAUCGUCAGUUAUUUACCAGUGUGGUGGAAAGAAGAGAUCAAAUUGGCUGCACAAUCGUCCAAAUCUACCUGUGCAGCUGAAGUUCUUGCGGUAAUCCAUGCGGUCGAAUCCGGCCAGACAUGGGCCAUGCAAAUGCUAGAUGCCUCGUCAGGAUUUCUGAAAGGUAAUAUGCUGGAUCUCAGAACGUACGUUGAGUGCGUCAAAGUCAAUAAACAAUACAACAACGUCAGUAUUCGAGGGAAGCACUGCAUGGUGUCGUUUAUGUCGGGAGGCGACAUAUUUAUACCUGCAGUCAGCAGAGUAAAUGAUCGGAUUUUCUCAUCAGUUUGUUUUCCAUCCUCUUGCAACGAGACUCAAGUUGAGCAGAUCAUCAAUGCCACCCUCAGGAACAUACCGAUGAAAAGGAAUCUCGGAUUCAGUUCUACCGAAGCAUUGUGCGCACGAGUAGAAACCGAAGAUUUCUCCGCUGGAAAAAUCUCGACGAUAAUGCUCGUUGUGGCAGUUGGCGUAUUUUUGAUAUCCUGCACUGUCUGCGACGUCUACGUGAGAAGUCGUGGACCAGCAAAAGCAUCUUCUGUGAUAAAUAAAUUUUCGAAAUUCUCCUUAUAUACAAAUAUACUUAAAAUUUUCGACUCCAAGGAGCUACCGGCGAUCCAAGGUAUAAGAGUAUUGAGCAUGUGCUGGAUUGUGACGAUUCAUCAGUCCUUCAUGUUAUUUCUGGUACCGACAGUCAAUCGGGCUGACAUCGAUAAAUGGUACGAUUCAUGGACUUCUCUUUACGCUGAGGCGGGGAUAUUCGCUGUCGACACUUUUUUUUUAGUUAGCGGAUUUUUGACGGCUCACUCGUUUUUCAUGGCAAGAAAAUUGGGAAAACCUAUUAAUUGGAGAAGGUUUUACCUUCAUCGUUAUCUCAGAUUAACUCCAUGUUUAGCUUUCGUAAUGUUGUUUACCUCGUUUCUUGCACGUUGGAAUGGAAACAAUCCCCUCGGGGGCCAGUUUGUAGCUACAAGCGUAGAGAAUUGCCAUGACAAUUGGUGGGUCAAUUUGCUGUACCUCCAGAAUUUUUUGAAUAAAGAAAAGAUGUGUCUCAUACAUACCUGGUACUUGGCUGCAGAAAUGCAACUGUUUUGGAUAUCUUCGAUUAUUAUGUAUUCGCUUCAUCGUUGGCCAAAAUACGGACUCCGUUUACUUGGCUGCUUCCUCGUAAUCUCCGUUGCUAUACCACCUGUUGUUUUAGCUACCAACGGCUACUUUAAUGGAAUUAUAGCCUUGCACUUCGAGCAAGGGAAAAUUGUGUCGGAUGGUUUAUUUAACUUCCACAUGCCUACUUACAUUAGAGGUUUUCCUUACUUCUUGGGAAUCUUUUUGGGUUACGAUGCCGUGAAUACAAAGAGGCAGCUGACAAAGGCAAACGCAGGGAUCAACUGGACCAUAGCUUGUGUUCUUAUGCUAUUUUGCAUGGUAUCUACUCACUAUAUCAGCAACACUAAUGUGAGGUACAACCUUGCAUUGGAAACUAUAUUCGCUCUGACGUCACGUCCAUUCUGGUCGAUUGCCGUUGCUUGGAUCGUUUACGCGUGUACUCAGGGUUACGGAGGUCCAGUUACCAGCUUCUUGUCAUUGCCAUUUUUUCAGCCACUGAGUAGGUUCUCAUAUUCAAUUUUUUUAGUGCACAUUGGGAUUCAAGCGAUAAGGAUCGCGGAUGCAAGAACCCUUGCUUUUGUUGCCAACUCAACAAUCAUUGAAGCUUAUAUAACUAAUAUGGUGCUGUCAAUAGGGGUGGGGGUUAUCGUAUACCUAUUUUUCGAAACUCCAGCCGCUGUCUUGGAAAACAUUCUCACCAAUCGCGUAUUAGAAGCAAACCAAGCUCUACAAACGGAAGAGUUUGAAGAGAAGACAAGGAUUUUAAAUGAGGCUGCAAAAGACAAGUGAUAUUGUACAUUCUUCCGUUUCCAUUAUUGUUAUACUGCUAUAAAAUACUAUCCAGAUCUUUGCUACUCUUAAAAUAAUGCAAUUCAAUCUCGUCAUUCUUUACUCGACUAUCGUUAUUUACGGACAAUAAAAAAAACCGGAAAAAACCGCCUUUUCGCGCUCCAACCCGUUGGUACCUCGCGCUGUUGAGGGUACCCAGCCGCAUGGUGGCGCGCUGUGCACAAACGGGGUUUAGCAGGCGUGCGCGCAGCCCUCGCUUCAUGCGCGCGCGCGAUUUACUUAGAAUCGAGCGCUCGAGUAGGUAGGACGUAAUGCUAAUCUCUCUAUUCUGCCCGUACGUGUGAUUAGCGCGUUCUUCUCGCGUUCGGACGGGUGUCGAGUUCUUUCCAUUUCACGUAGUUUUAAGGAUCGCGUUUUAGGGUUGGUUAUGGGAACGGGGUCCACCCUUUGGUGACCUGAGGUGCCCGUUCUUAGGGGAUCAUCGACGCGGUGACAGUCGGAAGUGCGGCGUGUUGAUUAGUUGUACAUACUUGGCAAAGUGGAUUAAGAUUAUUGAAAGAUCAUUCGAUUUAGAUUAAUUUGUUUAAUAAGGAACGCGCCAGCCAAUUUAUUACUUUGUAGUCGGUUGAACUGAUUUUUG